ACUGUGGUUUCUGACAACACACACACAAAUGAACAAAUACAUUUAAUUUUCACAACCUUAACUUCCACAGUUGGCACACAUUUCACACUUGAUCUCAUACAGACACGCACACACACACAAAGAAGCAUAUGCUACGAAGCAGAGGCGGACACACAGACAUUCUUUUGACGGAUAGAGAGCUUUUCCCAUGCUCAUCGACACACCAUGAAAACAACUGUUGCUUUGAUGGCGAUAAUGUGGUGAAAUUUAGAAGACAUAAUUUCUUAUUUUCACACACAAGAACACUCAGCAGCCACUUCUUCUUUUGACUAAAAGGAUGAAUACCACAGUAGCCCAGAACACGCUAUCCACAGCCAUAAACUCCUCAACUCAAUCUUCAAAUACUAAGCUUCCUCCUGAGUACCACAUGAUCCUCCUGGGCAUCUACUCUGUGGUUUUGGUUAGUGGUACUAUCAGCCUGAGCCUGAUGAUGCACAUCUUGAAGUCCAGCUCUACAUCCAGCACCUCCAUUGCUGUACUCAACCUCAUCUUCGCCCACUUCAUCUUUCUCAUCACUGUGCCCUUCAGAAUUUACUAUCACGUGGCUCAAAAGUGGUACCUCGGUAAGGGGCUUUGUAAAGUGAUCAGCGGCAUGAUCCACAUCCACAUGUACAUGUCUUUUAUCUUCUAUGUGAUCAUCCUCAUCACGCGCCUGAUGACAUUCUACCACAAAGCUGGACAGCUGGCCUCUUUCCAGAGGAUUCAUGCACUCCUGGUCAGUGCUUUGGUGUGGCUGGUGGUGCUUAUCAUGGUCCCUUGCAUCAUCCAUUUUUCCUAUGGCCAAAAAUCCUCAGCAGAUGACUAUGAAUGCUUCCAUUUUGGCCCUAGCAUACAUUCCAGUGCCAAGGUGUUCAAUUACAUCAUAAGCACACUGAUCAUAGUUGUGGCCACGGUGCUGACAGCCCUCCAAGCCAGUGCCCUUAGGGUUUUAUACAGGAAGCAUCAGGGAUGCACCUCUCAGCAGGACUUUGGGGCUCAACAGAAAAGCUUAUGCUUUGCCCUGAUCAUGGUGGUCUGCUUCAUUCCCUACCACGUGUUUCGACUCUAUUACGUAGCAAACAUUAAUAAUACGAAUGAGAAUAUCAAUGAGGUGUUUCUGAGUCUGACAACAUUUAACUGUUUGGACAUGCUUACUUUCUUGGGGAGGAGAACCUGCUACGCAUGCUUCUUGAGAAAGAUUGUUUGUGAGUGAGGGGGUCAAGAGUGUUUAUUUACUACUAUUUUGUAACUUAAUUAUACUGAACUGUUCUUUAUUGCUUGUCAAAGUUCUGGUGCAGCCCCAUAAACAUAUACAUAAUGUACACAUUUUCAACUGCACAUGGGAGCCUUGAGAGCUACAUCAUAUGAUCCUAAGUGGCUGUGCACAGAAAACUAAACUUCUAUUGUGCUU